UUUCCCGUAAUUCAAACUCUCGGCUCCUAAUUAGGGUUCGAAGGCUGCUUCGCGAGUUCGAGCAGGGAAGGCUGCAUCGUCGCAGCUGAUCUCGGGCAGAACCCACGGAGUGCGAGAGAAGAAGAGCUAAUAUGUUGCUCAAAAAGCUCCUUUCUCUCCCCUCCUUGCUCGGAAGAAGUGCCGAUUCCAUGAAGAUAAGCCGUCUAGAUCAGCUUCCUCCUGUGAGCUUAUUCUCUACUUCCUCGGAGCAGGUCGGCAGCGGGAAGAGCUUUCUCCGUCGCCGGGUGAUACCGAUCGUGCUUCUUAGCCUUACCGGUGGAUUCACUCUCAGUGCUGUUAAUGACAUUGCGAUCUUCCAUGGAUGCAGCAAGAAGGCAAUUGAAAAGGCAACUGAGGAUAAAAAAAUUGUAGAGGCUCUUGGAACUCCAAUUGUAAGAGGGCCAUGGUAUGAUGCAUCGCUUGCUGUAGGCCAUAGGAGAAACUGGGUAUCAUGUACAUUUCCUGUUUUUGGGCCCCAAGGAUCUGGCACUUUCCAGUUGAAGGCUUUUCGCCGUGGAGAAGACAAGUGGUUCUCAUUUCUUCAGCACCAUGACUGGGACUUGGUUGCCAUGGAAGCUCUCAUUGAUGUGCCUUCAGAAAAUGAGAACAGCCAACAUGUUCUUCGGAUAAGUCUUACAGGUAACAUUUCACCUUCCAAUGCCCUCAUUGAUUCCAAAGCUUGCAUGCCUCCAGAAACCAGAGCAGCUGGGAAUUAGAGUUAGUUUUUUUGUUUUUUGUAUUCAUUUGUUUAUUCAUAGCCCUUUUAUUUUACAACUACAUUAAAUAACAAUAGACAGAUAAUUAAAUCUUAAAGGUUUUUGUGCUGUGUUGAACAGAAUGUGGCAGUUUGAUAAAAGCAUGUGGGUGUUAUUGUAUUAUUCAGUUGAUUGAAUGAUUAAGAAGGAUAUUAUUAGU